AUGGCAAAUCCAAAUCAAGAUCAGGAAUUAUCCUCUAUGUUUAUGGAGAAAAUAGACGUUAAAAGAUCAAAGAGUCCGAACCAUUCAGAUUCAUCAUCAAAAAGCAGUUCCAAAACUAAUCUGCCCGUGGAGAUUAUAACUGUGAAAGAUUUUUUUGACUUCAUGAAGACAGCUUAUCAGGUUUACGAGCAUUUGGAAGAAGACGACAAAGGAGUGAAAAUUAACUGGGAAGAACUCACAAAAUUGACAGUCAUAAACCACGUAAUCGAACAACAGGAACGAGACCUCCUAUAUCAAACGGCUUAUUCUACUCAGAAGCCUGUUAUCAGCAAGAGCGACACUGCUAUAGGGAAAAAGAAUAAUGAAAUAGAGCGUAUAGAGAAGCGAGCCAGUUGCAGUAAAGGGCGUCGUCGAUCUCUGCCACCUGAAACUAGGGUAGAAAUGCUUGGAGUAUGGACGGAAGCAAAUCUAAAUUGUAAAUUGAACGAUGUAAUAAACGAAGGGAUUUUGGAUUCAAUCUUACCAUAUUUAGUGGGAUACAAAAAGCCAUCAAAAACGACAAGUGUUUAUACUCCUAUAAUAAAAAAAGCUCCAUCCAAUACUACUCUAGACGUUAAAAAACCAGGAAGUUUCGGUGGUUUCCUAAACGAAAAGGAAUCCCGUGAUAGAUUGGGAAGACGCAAGUCUUCAGUCAUAGCAGCUCAAGAACGUGUCAACCAAAAGCAAGAUGGCGAUGUAGAAAUUCACGUUUGCGACGAAGUGAAGGGCUUGAAAAAAGAUUUUAGAUGCCCCCAAAAGUUGUUGGUAUCCAAGAUGGGUUAUUUUGCUGACGUUACUGCGGGGCAAAGAUUAGAGGAUAUGGAUAUUUCUGUUCACUGUGAUAUUCAGAUUUUUGACUGGCUGAUGAGGUGGGUGAAACGGGACUCAAUUCUGGUGGCGGACUGGCCACUGCUCGACCCCCACAACGUGGUACCUAUUCUGGUGUCGGCGUCAUUUCUUCAGAUGGAGCCUUUGCUGCACGACUGCUUGAUCUAUUGCCACGCUCAUCUGAACGACAUAGUGAAGACUUCUACCAACCUUGCCUGCCUGAGCGAUGCACUUCUUACCAGGUUAGCGGCCAUGUACACGAACGCGGAGUUGGAAGCAGUCCGUGACCGCAAGGAUAAGGUGCAGUCUCGCCUGUACUGUAAGAUGAUCCUCUCGCUGGCCGAGCCCGUACCGGAGACGUUGCGAGGACAUUAUGCUACGUUGGCCACGCUCUUCAAAUGCAGCAAGUGCAACAAGCUGCUGGGGCGGCAUAUCGCUGAGCAGGUACCGUGCCAACCCUCCAGCAUGAGGAUCGAUCGUCGGGGAAACGUGAUCUCUUCACACACUAAAGAGCCAUCUUGGAGUUUGAACGAGUACAUAACGUGGUUGUACGGUGAGCUGCGUUCGUGGCGGCGCGUGUACUGGCGCUUAUGGGCAGACUGCCACUUCCUACGUUGUCAGCUAUGCGACAGCUACUUUCCUGCUUACCAGAUGGAAUGGUGUUCGCACCACGAGCAAGGAGCGCACAUGUUUGCACUGGAGGGGAGAGCGCCUCUCCCCACCGGCCGCUACCCCUGCUGCGGGGAGAGGGCCUACCGCUUCGAGACCAUCAGUAGGAACACUGGUUGCCAGUUCCGCGAGCACGCGCCCGACGAGCGCCUCCCACAGGACGCGGCGGUGAUGGAACUGUACAACAAGUUCCGCGACAUCAUCGCCAUGAGGCCCCCGCAGCUCAUGUUCCCCGAGCGACUGACGCGCCUCGUCACCAGGGGUAUGUAUGAGGUCGACACCGCCAUCAUACAACAAGUUCCGCGACAUAAUCGCCAUGAGGCCCCCGCAGCUCAUGUUCUCCGAGCGACUGACGCGCCUCGUCACCAGGGGUAUGAGCAAAAUCGUCCUCACAUCACUCAGACUCAUAGAGAAUGGACUGAGCAGCCGGACGAUGAUAGUGGUGGCCGGCUCCAGUGUAAGGAGGUGUUCUGGUGGGAAGGUAUCCAGCUCGCACCACCUCGUCAACCGCUCGGGCUGCUGGGGAAGCUGUACUCCAACAACAGCAAAUUCAACCCUGGCGCGCGGCCCGGCUCGCCCGCGCUGUUGUCUGCGCAGGCGCACUCGGUCGCCUGCUCCGGCACCGCCAUCUCGCCCGAACGGAAAGACGUCCGCAAAACCAAGGACAAGGAAGACUCCCCUAGGAAGACUACCUUAUAUACAUAUAGCUCGUUUUCGUUAAUUAACGCGUACUUGGGCAUAACGAAGAAAGGUGCAGUAUGCGGUGCCGGUGAAGCUUGCUCGUCGACGGCGGCGUGCGACGAGCAGUCGAGCGAGUCGAACGACGCGAGCGAGCAGAGCUCGGACAGCGCGCGCAGCGACGAGGACGGACCGCCGCGCGUGCGGCGCGUGCAACCCCCGCCCAGAGCUGCUUCCGCGCAGCCGGCCAGCCGUCGUAUGCGCGUGUCUGGUCGCGUGUGGGUGGCCUCUCUAUCGGCGCGCAGCAACCAGGACCAACAGCGGCGGUUCGAGGAGCGCGCCGCCCGGCAGAUGCGGGCCGCACUCGCGCGCCGCGCCGCGCUGCAGACGGCUAAGGCUAAAUCACCCGCGGGUGGCGUUUACGCAAAACUGGAGGCUGAUUGGCGGGAGCGGUACGGGCAACGCACGCGCAACCCCGCCACUGUGUCGGCCAGACCUCGCCCACCCCCCAAAUACAAAUAAACGAGACAUAAAAUAAA